AUGGUUUUGCUGAAUCUCUUAUGGGGAUGUGUUAUAUUUGUGGUACUUUUUUCCGUAACAUUUGGCAGUUAUUGCAUGCUAAAGCGACGGAUGCGAGUGGAGGGUCAUGCUGAGAAAGAAAGCCUUGCCGUUUCAUUAGGUAACUGUUUUGCUUGUGGUAUAUUCUUGUCGUCGUGUUUCCUUGGUCUCCUGCCACAUAUCCGAAAGCAUGAAGAACAUAUCCGAAAUCUAUGGAUUACACGAGCCGACCACUCCGGUUCAUCUUCACAUAUAUUUUUAAAUUCGGAAUUGAUUGUCUUAAUGGGCUUUCUUUUAAUACUUCUCCUUGAAGAGAUAGUUCAUAUCUUUCACAAAGCUGGCUCUAAUGGAAUGCUCAAAUAUUCCACUCAAAUGAAACGCAUAUCAGCAAGCGGUAAAACUUUUGAAAAUAUAUUAAACACCACUGCGCCAUCCACACGCAAUGCGACCACUUCAUUAAGGUGGAGCGAGGAUGCUGAGUUGCUUUUCUCAGAUAAUAAUAGCACCGAAGAUUUUACUGCUCAAGCUGAUAAUCCUGUGGCAAUUGAAUUUCGGCAGUUCAGUGAUGAGGUCGUUCAAAAACAUAGCCAUGGUAUAUAUUCUCAUUCUGGUCUUCUUUCAUCGGAUAUGUCGCUGAGCGCAUUUGUUUUGUUGCUCAGUCUUUCAACACAUUCAGUAUUUGAAGGUAUCGCACUGGGAUCAUCGCUAAUCUCAACAGAGUUCUACAGUCUUUUAAUUGCCAUUAUGAUCCAUGAAGUACUGUGUUCAUUUGCCUUGGGUGUUAGCUUAGCACAACAAAAUAUUGCUCCCAGAAGAGCAUUCAUGUCAUCAAUAGUACUUGCAAGUAGUAUUCCAAUGGGGAUAUCAUCAUCUAUUGUAAUAAAUUCCAUGGAAACUUUCACAGCACUGCUGAUUCGAUUUGUAUUGGAAGGAUUCGCAGCUGGAGCAUUCAUUUAUGUUGCAUGUGUCGAAAUGCUGAGUUCGGAAUUAAGUGUUCAUGAGCGUGGUAUGAGGCAAGGCUUAUCUAAAGCACUGGCUGUAAUUACUGAUACGAAUUUCUUUAAUAAUGAAUCUUCAUCAUGUGGUUCUACUGUUCAAGUGGAUAUUUCAGGCAAGUUGACUAUAUUAAAACAUAAGGCGAAAAGUCAUGGAUUACAUAUAGAAGUUUGCAGAAUUCUCCUCUUAAUGGCUAAAUUCACCUUUCAAAAGAUAAUCCGAGUACGAAAUAUUGAUUUAGCAGUACUCGAUGAAAGUGCAUAUUACGAAACUGUUUAUGCGGGCAGCAGUGUGCCAAACCGAAGAUUCUAUGCGAUAGAAUCGCCAUUUCAAAUGAAUUCGCAGGCUUCUGCAGUAUCUGAAAAGAUGUCCCUCACAAACGAAAAUAAGCCAAAACGUAAACGAAAGCGUGGUAUUUCAUCAAAUAUCUGCUGUGAUUUAUACGAAGUCAGCAUUGUUCUAAAGAAGAUAUUAGAAAGGGCAGUUGCAAUGGACGCAUUUAGCAAAAUUCAGUGCGAGCCAUGUUCUUCUGUUGAAACUGCAUUGGAUUUCAAUAAUCGUCUAGCACAGCAAUUAGCUCUUACUGCAAAUUCAGUUCCUUGUCCAUUAUCUCGCUAUGCAAAGCAGCAGUGCUUUGCAAAACAAAACAUUAAGGAAAUAUUUUUAAAUGAAGAAAAAGGAAGCAUUGAUGAUAUGUCAAAUGAACUCAUAAUGUGGGUAAAUGCCGAACCGAAAGUUAUUACAGCCGAAUGCAAAGGUGAAAAAUUCAUCUUACCUCCAUUCUCUUCUUUCAUCAUCAACGAUGUGCGUGUAUCAAGGGCACUGAUCAAAUAUGGGAAACGGUUUGAUUUCAUAUUAUUGGAUCCGCCAUGGGAGAAUAAAUCUGUUAAGAGGAAAACUGUUUAUCCAACAUAUGGAGAUCGAACAUGGACGUCGGAUUUAUAUGUGCCGGAACUUUUAACGGAAACGGGACUGUUCGCAAUAUGGGUUACAAACAAUGCGAGGCACUUUAAAUUUAUUGAUGAUACCAUUGAAUAUUUUGGUUUCGAAAAAAUUGCAACUUGGCGAUGGCUUAAAGUGACAAGAAAUGGCAAACCCGUUUACAGCCUGGAUAGCCAACAUAAGCAACCUUUUGAAAGUAUUAUAUUUGCUUCUAGCAGUGCUGCCCGCAAAUAUUAUAUGAAGAUCGUCGAUGAAUUUGUGUUAAUCAGCACUCCAUCUGUAAUCCAUUCACGAAAACCACCGUUGCUUCCAGUGUUACAAGCUCUUGGAAUUCUUGAAGAAUCUGCGGAGCAGUUGGAACUGUACGGGAGGUAUCUAUUACCACGAACAACAACUGUUGGAUUUGAAGCAGCUAAACUGCAAAAUAUACGAUAUUUUGUUUGA